AUGAGCCAGGCAGAGGUGCCGGCGCUACUGCGCCUGCACAUGCUGGAGGGGCCGCAGACGGGCAAGCAGCUGGAGAAUAGGGGCGCCUCACUGCGUGUCGGGCGCACCACCAAGUCGGCGCUUUACAUCAAAGACCCCACCAUCAGUGAGCAGCACGCCGAGGUGGUUUGGCAGCAGGGGGCGUGGCAGCUGCGCGACCUGGGCAGCACUAACGGCACCGUCCUCAACGGCAAGGCGCUGGCGGGCGAGCCCUUGGCUUUCGUAGCGCUCAAGGAUGGCGACCUCAUCAAGUUCGGCACCGACACGCUGGCCCGCGUUGAGAUUGUGGCAGUGCCUAGCGACAGCGUCAUCGUGGAGGAGUUUGUGCUGUCAGGCUGCGCGCAGCUGGAGCAGCGCCUCAGGUAG